CGGCGGCCGUGGCGGGGCCGAGCCCAUGAGGCGACGGCGGAGGCGGGACGGAUCUCACCCAGCGCCGGCCUUACUCAGAGACGGGGACGCCGAGGUCAUGGCGGGCGUAUUUGACAUCGACCUGGACCAGCCGGAGGAGGCGGGCUCGGAGGACGAGCUGGAGGAGGGGGGUCAGAUAAGUGAAAGUAUGGACCAUGGAGGAGUCGGACCAUAUGAAUUGGGCAUGGAGCAUUGUGAAAAAUUUGAAAUCUCAGAAACGAGUGUGAACAGAGGGCCAGAAAAAAUCAGACCGGAAUGCUUUGAACUACUUCGCGUACUUGGUAAAGGGGGCUAUGGAAAGGUUUUCCAAGUACGUAAAGUAACAGGAGCUAAUACUGGGAAAAUAUUUGCCAUGAAGGUGCUUAAAAAGGCGAUGAUAGUAAGAAAUGCAAAAGAUACAGCCCAUACAAAAGCAGAGAGAAAUAUCCUGGAGGAAGUGAAGCAUCCCUUCAUUGUGGAUUUAAUUUAUGCCUUUCAGACUGGUGGAAAACUCUACCUCAUUCUUGAGUAUCUCAGUGGAGGCGAACUAUUUAUGCAGUUAGAAAGAGAGGGAAUAUUUAUGGAAGACACAGCCUGCUUUUACUUGGCAGAAAUCUCCAUGGCUUUGGGGCACUUACAUCAAAAAGGGAUCAUCUACCGAGACCUGAAGCCGGAAAAUAUCAUGCUUAAUCACCAAGGUCAUGUAAAAUUGACAGACUUUGGACUAUGCAAAGAAUCUAUUCACGACGGAACGGUCACGCACACGUUCUGUGGAACAAUAGAAUACAUGGCCCCUGAAAUCUUGAUGAGAAGUGGCCAUAACCGUGCUGUGGACUGGUGGAGUUUGGGGGCAUUAAUGUAUGACAUGCUGACUGGAGCACCCCCAUUCACUGGGGAGAACAGAAAGAAAACAAUUGACAAAAUACUCAAAUGUAAACUCAAUUUGCCUCCCUACCUCACACAAGAAGCUCGAGAUCUGCUGAAAAAGCUGCUAAAAAGGAAUGCUGCUUCUCGACUUGGAGCUGGCCCUGGGGAUGCUGGAGAAGUUCAGGCUCAUCCUUUCUUCAGACACAUUAACUGGGAAGAACUGUUGGCUCGGAAGGUGGAGCCUCCCUUUAAACCUCUGUUGCAAUCCGAAGAAGAUGUGAGCCAGUUUGAUUCAAAGUUUACACGUCAAACACCUGUUGACAGCCCAGAUGACUCAACUCUCAGUGAAAGUGCCAACCAGGUCUUUCUGGGUUUUACAUAUGUGGCUCCAUCUGUACUGGAAAGCGUGAAAGAGAAGUUUUCAUUUGAACCAAAAAUUCGAUCUCCUCGUAGAUUCAUUGGCAGCCCUAGGACACCAGUCAGCCCUGUCAAGUUUUCUCCUGGAGACUUCUGGGGAAGAGGUGCUUCCGCCAGCACGGUGACGACGCAGCCACCUGUGGAGUAUCCCAUGGAGACUAGCGGAAUAGAACAAAUGGACGUGACGACGAGCGGAGAGGCAUCGGCACCCCUUCCGAUCCGCCAGCCUAACUCUGGGCCCUACAAAAAACAAGCCUUUCCCAUGAUCUCCAAACGGCCGGAGCACCUGCGCAUGAAUCUAUGACAGCGCAGUGCGGCUGACAGAUCUAACUCCAUAAAGACAGAAACAAAAGAUGGAACAUGAGCAUCCUACAAGCUGAAAUGAGAAUUCAGAAAGACAGUAUCAUUGCACAGACGGUUUGGGAAAAGGAAAAACCAAAACGGAUUUAAAAAAAAUAAUCAAUCAAUGGUGCAAAAAAAAAAAAAACCCCAAGCAAAACGGCGUUGCAGAUGUCUAGGCACGUCUAUUAACUGGUUUCCGGCGACACCUCACCUUUCCAGGAUCUUUCACGUCGAUGGCUUGAAAUUGACAGUAUUAAGGGUAGGAUGUUGCUCUGGAAUCAGCAGAGUCAUGAGUUUGUCAACAAGGGUCAGCCCUUUCGCUAGGCAAAAGUAUGAGAUGCCGAUUAACACUUGCGGCUUGAGGACAGAUUAGCAUGCAAGCUUGAUCAAACUCUUUCCUCUGGCAGUGUGGAAUCAAAAGAUGAAAGAAACUUAACGAUUAACGUUUUACGUGCAAACAACCUAAUGAAUUUUUUUUAUAUAAAUAUAUAUUUUUCAAAUAGAUUUUUGAUUCAGCUCAUUAUGGAAAGCAUCCCAAACUUUCAAAUGCAGAAUUAUCGGUCAGCGUGCAGAAGGCCAGACUUAACUAGUUCUGUUUCUUCUCUUGUUGGAAUAAUAAAAUGGAAAAUGAAUCAUUGCUAACUACAGCUGUGGCUCGUUUGAGGGAUGGGGGAGGAACUGGGGCUCACUUCACUACCCAGCUGCAAAUACUUGUAACACUAGGAGAAAAAGGAUCUACUCAGUGCCUUGGCCCUUGUCCACUGGCACUGCUGAGUUGAACUGGAAGCCAGAGGCUAGACAAAACUUCUAUGUCUAUAAUUCAUCUUUGUCCGGGGCCCGUGCUUCCCCGGGGGGAAAAAAACAAAAGAAAGCUCACCCCCUCUUCUUCCUUGUGUUUGUGUUUGGUUUAAGUGCUAAAUUCCGAUCUAGACCGGCACCCUCCAAAGGGGCCCGGGUAGCAGGUCCCUCCGGGGAAGGUGGCUCACCGGGCUGGAGGAGGAUGCUGGUCGCCGUCUGUCUCCAAGUCUUACCGGGCCAGUAAUCUCGCUGCAGCCAACCAACCGGUAAGAAGGUUCUGGAGUUUACUCUUGUGGUUUCUAUUUACCGUGUGCGCUGUUUACCCUCCGCCCUUUUCCGCAGGAGUUUCGCGCUGAGGGCCCGUAGGUUUUCUGAUGGUAAGAGUAGUAGAUGGCCUUUUGAUGAACGUCUUCCACAGUAAGGACUUCUUAGCCGCUUAAUUUAGACGACAUAUUAGAUGCUACGUUUUGGAGAUUGUCAGAAAAAUCUCUACAGAUGGCUUACAGGUACAAAGAAUAAAAAUAAAGGUAACUUUACCUUAAUUACUUCCUGCCUUAAAGAGAGCAUUUCUGCGAUUAUAGCUGGUCAAAGGGUUAGCAGCUGCAAAGCUUUUUCAGGAGGUAGACGGUGUGAAUGAGUGUGUCGUGCACAGACCGGUCUAACGGAUGAUCCUGUCACCUUUUGGCUUGCCACUCUGUACUGUCUUCAGUCCACAGCUCUUCAAAUUCAACCUGUGAUGCUCACCCUCCUAGGGAUUUUUCUAUAGAUGCUGCUUGUUCUGUGUUCUCCAAACCUAUUUGAGCCAUAGGAUCCAAGCCAUAAAGUUCUUUACACCCACUGAAUCCAGCCAGACAUAAGCAAGGCUUUUUCAGUUUUUUUCUUUUUUUAAUGGUCAAUCAUUAGUGUGAGGUGACUCCCACCUCUUCAACACAAGGCAGUGCUAUCAAGUCUGAAAGGGGAUCUGAAGAGAAUUUUUUUCAGUUAUAUGUUACUGACAGCUACUGAAGGGGAAAAAAUGGCUAGUUUCUCUUGGCAGGAAGCUUUUUAUUUCUCUCCCCUUUUAGCAGCCUAUCUUUUCUUUUUUUCUUUGGUGGCUGCUUCUUUGGUGGUUUUUGUAGAAAAAAACCUUCUCGAUUACCUUUGCUCAACUAAUGAUCCAAGUCCAAAACUGCUCUCCCGUACUCUGUCCUUUCUGGGACACACUGAGAACCCAGUUCUGUAAUGUGCCGCGACCACCGGAUUUGAAAACAAGCAGAACCUGGCUUGUGCUAUAGAGGGAUCGUUUCCAUCCCGUCCCAUCACCAAAGCAGAUACUUUCACAUCCACACUGUCCCAGUUCUAUUUUCUAGUAACAUUGACACUGUGAUUGAAUAUGACCCCAUAGUUCUUUCAUCUAUCUUCCCAAACCAGUAUGGCUGGCAAUAAUGACAAGAGUUGCAAAACUCUGGUGCGGAGAUAUUGUUAAACUAAAUAUAUAUAUAUAUAUAUAUUCAUAAUCUGUUUAACAUCCACUGAAGUGGACUUAAGCUCCCAUACUGUCACACGUUCUUAUUCUGUAACAGUGCUCCAUAAUAUGGACGUUACUGAUGCUCCAACAAUGACUGUGAAAAUGUGUCCUGUGACACCUUGGUGUCAUUCAGACAGCAAGUACACACUAUGCAAUGUGGUUUCUCCUAUAUUUAUUUGUAAAAAUCCAAACAUAGUUUAUAUAUAUACAUAUAUAUAUAUAUAUAUAUAUAUAUUUAGUGUCAACAUUACUAGUCAUGAACUUCUAGGAGGAGCUUUGUUCUACCUUAAAGUUAUUUCAGAUAAGUGCUAGUGUACGGAAGCUUAAAAAGCUUCUCCUUUUUCACUUUUCUUUAACUAUAGCAAUUAUAGACUCUUAUUUUUUUAUUUUGUACAAGCUGUGCUUUUUUAAUUAAUGUAAUCAUUGAAUUUCACUAUACUAAUUUGAUUUCUACGACUUCUAGCAUUACAGAAUAAACCUGGGUUCGUAAAUCCUGCUGUGAUUAACAAUGUAAAGUAUUAAAUCUUGAAUUUGAACCAAAUUGUUUUUAAGUUGUUUUCAAAAAUAAGUCUGUUUUGCAUUUGCUAUUGAAAAAUGAGGUUGAGUGCCUACCAGCUUUAUUUCAGAACAUUUUGAGGAGGAAGAUAACGCUAGGGAGUCGGUUGUACUCUUGGUAUGCCACAACUCCAAACUUUUCAUUGUCGGUAUGGAUUGGUGACACAGGAUAUUCUGAAUCCUACUGAGACUGAGCCAGUGAAUUUUUGAGUGCCUACCGCAACCAGCCGCUUAGGUGGGAAUAAAGGAAGAUGGCACGAUCCCUGCCCUUGAGGAAUUUACAAUCUACCAGGGAAGACAGAAUCACUCACCCCCAUUUGUCCUUCGAUGACAAUCUACCAGGGAAGACAGAAUCACUCACCCCCAUUUGUCCUUCGAUUAAUUCUCUUCUGCCUUUUAUCUGUAACCGCAAGGUGCAAUGAUAGCGGAGUAAAGGUGUAAUGCCUGAAUGAUGAAAGCUGAUGCCUAACUCCACCCCUCACCUCCACACCGUUGGUUAACCCAUUGGUUAAACUGAUUUUUUGUCAGUGUGAUGAAGUAAAAUCUAAGCAUCAAUCCACGUUUCCAAAAAGAGAAACCCAAGCAGCCUAGUAAAAGUAUGUCACUGGCCUCUGCUGUGGGCUAAAGACCUGUCUGCGCUGCUGCCAGAGAAAAUUCAUCACUUGUCAGUUAACAGCACAAGUAUUGCCUCAAAUAAAUACUCUAUUUUCCUUUUUUUUUUUUUACCCCAAGUUGGCUUUGCAUCCAUCUAUCAAAACCAACUCUCUUAGCUGCCUUACUUAAAGGAAUGAUAUAAUUAGGGUGACAACCCUUUCUGCUUUUCCUCAUCUUGUAUUUAGUUUACUGUAUUAAAACAUAUACUUGACUACAGAAUGAAUGGAUGUAAAUAGCCAUUAAAUGCAAAUUUGAAUGAACGUGAA